UGCGACCCUGCAUAUGAUCUGCCUCAACUGAAGAUGUCGCUGGAUGAUAAACUACGAACUAUUCGAGACUUGAAUACCCGGCUAAGUGUGGACCAGACGCGCAAACGUUUUAAUCCCAAACAGGUUGAGUACCAACUCAUUCAAGAACUGCUUUUCGACAUGGCGUAUGACUCGGAACUGGGUUUUCUCUCAACUAAGGAAAACGAGCUCUACAAUCAACUAUCGGAUGCUUGGACUUCAGCUCAUUUGCAAAUGCACCAACCUGACCCCAGGUCGAAUCCCUUUCAGCCACUUGGCGGUCUCUCCGCCAACCUUAGUAGAGACCAUGUCGCCAUCUUCCAGUCACGAAUGAAUGACAAACUUAAUCAGCGAUUGGAACUGAUCUUCACGCAUCUGAGUGCUGAGGAUUACGAUAUUCUUACUUUACUGGAGGAGCAAAAACUUGACGCUCUUGUCCGACUUCGUCGCAUUCAAACGGAGUUUAUCGAGGCGAUCUCUGUUCUGUGCACCGCCGCAUCUCAUUUAUUCAUCGAUAUCCGUACAAAGACCCAACCCAAGGUAACCCUACAUACGGCAGAUGUGCUACUGACACAAGCAGAGUCACUGUUAGCGCAGGUGGUUCACAUGGACCUCACGGUCCAACACGAAGCCCGGAAACCGUCGGAUACGUCGAACUAUUUGAGGAAGACUAGAUCCGAGUUAGACGCUGAAUUUCUAGCGAUCAAGACAGAGGUGGAACAACUGGAGGCUGCGCUUUCAGAUUACCACCGUCAGGACGCAGACUAUCAUGACAUAGUUCAGCGUUUUAAGGAAUGUCAAGAACAGUUGGAUGUGGGCUGCGAUUUGCUUCAACACAAAGACGUGGUCAGUCGUUCAGGAACACCAGGACGCCGGUCGCUCAGCCUUAGCUCUCUACCGAAUUUGUAUGAAACUACGCAUAGAUGAGGAGAAAAGUCCUCAUUGAAGAUUUAUUUUUGCACACUUGAUGAUGAUAAAAAUAAUGGAACUUAUCCCGGUCGCUCUGUCCAUUUCGAGCUACCCGCUGAAGUAUUGAAUACUGAUUGUCCUUUUUCGUUUUGUGAAUGUUUC